AUGGACAUUGAUGUAGAGAGAGAUAUCUAUGGGUCAGCCAGUGGUGGAGAGACAGAGAUAUCUAUGGGUCAGCCAGUGGUGGAGAGACAGAGAUAUCUAUGGGUCAGCCAGUGGUGGAGAGACAGAGAUAUCUAUGGGUCAGCCAGUGGUGGAGAGACAGAGAUAUCUAUGGGUCAGCCAGUGGUGGAGAGACAGAGAUAUCUAUGGGUCAGCCAGUGGUGGAGGGACAGAGAUAUCUAUGGGCCAGCCAGUGGUGGAGGGACAGAGAUAUCUAUGGGUCAGCCAGUGGUGGGAAUCCAGUGGUGGUGGAGAGACAGAGAUAUCUAUGGGUCAGCCAGUGGUGGAGGACAGAGAUAUCUAUGGGUCAGCCAGUGGUGGAGGACAGAGAUAUCUAUGGGCCAACCAGUGGUGGAGGGACAGUGGUGGAGGGUCAGCCAGUGGUGGAGGGACAGAGAUAUCUAUGGGUCAGCCAGUGGUGGAGGACAGAGAUAUCUAUGGGUCAGCCAGUGGUGGAGGGACAGAGAUAUCUAUGGGCCAGCCAGUGGUGGAGGGACAGAGAUAUCUAUGGGUCAGCCAGUGGUGGAGGGACAGAGAUAUCUAUGGGUCAGCCAGUGGUGGAGGGACAGAGAUAUCCACGGGCCAGCCAGUGGUGGAGGGAUAGAGAUAUCCACGGGCCAGCCAGUGGUGGAGGGACAGAGAUAUCCACGGGUCAGCCAGUGGUGGAGGGACAGAGAUAUCCAUGGGCCAGCCAGUGGUGGAGGGAUAGAGAUAUCCACGGGCCAGCCAGUGGUGGAGGGACAGAGAUAUCCACGGGCCAGUCAGUGGUGA